AUGGUGAAGAAGAAGAACCCCACUCUCGUCACCAGCGCCGUGAGCAGUGGCGCCGCCGCCAGGGCUCCUCCAAACCUGCCGCGGAGAAGCGUGUCAGAUGCUCCUCCACCAGCUCCGGCGCCGCCGGCGCCGUCAAGUUCCGCGGCCGGACCUACUCCUGGCGAUUGGCCAGCCUCUACCACCACGAAGCGAGAUGAAAAGAGGGCCCGGAGCCUCGGGAUAAUUUCUUCUGACGAGGGGAAUGUUAUUCUUCCAGGGUCCCAUACUGAAGGAAACGCAAGCCCGAAAGAUGACAAUCCGAUGAAUCCUGAAGCUUUUUCCAUCAAUCCUCAAUUCUCUGCCGAUGAUAUAAGUGAUACAGCGGGGUCAAUGCAUGAUGACGACGCUGAUCGUGCUGCCUUUGUUGAUGCAGCCGCGGAGAAGGCCGAGGCACCGCCCUCGAAGAGAUCAUCCGGCGGGUUUGCCGAUGAAGAUGAUCUUUACGAUUUUGACGAGGGCUUUAUUGAGCCUCCGGCCAAGAAGGCCAAGUCUGGAACCAUCACGCCGAACCCAGCGGCCUCCGAAGCAUCGGCUCCUGCCGCAGCCCCCGUGGCCCAAAUAUCGACAGCUUCUUCCCUCUCCAAAGGGAAGGAUGUUUCUUUGACAGCCACGGCUACAAAUUCUCCUCCAGGAAAACCUGUAAUCUUUUCUUGUUUUAAUGACACACCCAUGCGUGACAACUUCCUUGAUUAA